UGCUUCGUGGGUCCAUACUUCAUCCUGUAGUGCCCGCCAUGGCGUCAGCACUAUGUCUCCGACGGAUUCUGUGGGUGGCUUUGCUGGCUGCGUUUGGUGCUUGGUGUAGGUCCUGGAUGCUGCAGGGUGGCUAUGGAUACCUGGAUUGGUUCUUUCCGGAGCCGGCCGUGGGUGCCGUGGGCUCUGUCGUACUGGUCCGGGCGAUGGAUGCUUGGAGGCCUUGGGGGCGUUCCCAUGGCUCCGGCUUCGUUUGGCAAGAUGGACACGUGGUGACCAACAGCCACGUGGUCCAGCUCACCUCGCUCCUGUCGGUGCACUUCGCCGACGGCGCCGCCUGCCGCGCCUCGGUGGUGGGCACCGCGGAACGCUGCGACGUGGCCCUGCUGGAGCUCCACACCACGAGUUGUUCCGGCGGCACCAGCCCCUUCGUGCUGCCGAAGCCCUUACGCUUGGCGCCAAAGCCGCCCAAGCUAGGGGAGGAGGUCAUGGCGGUUGGGCAUCCGGGCAAUUGGGCCUGGCUCGUGGGGAAGGGGGCCAUCACUGGCGUGGGCAGGGACUCUUCCAGAGCGGUGCAGAAGUGGGAGGCGCUGUCGGAGUUUCAGCGCUUCUGCGCGGUGAACGGCAUGGUCUUCGCCUCGGUGCCUGCCGGGCGUGGCAGCAGUGGAGGGCCGUUGAUCAAUGGAAGAGGUGAAGUGGUGGGCAUCACCACAUGGCAGUUCCAGAGCACUCCUUUGCUGACCGCGGCCGUCAGCGCGAGCACGUUGCAUCAGCUGCUUCCAGAGCUCCUGCAGGGAAGUGGUGGCGUGAGUGCACCCACCAUCGGUGUGGAGGAACACCUGGGCCCAGCUAAGCUGAUCUUCCCCUCUUUUCGCAAUGCCCAGCUGGGCGUCUCGGCCUCUGGCGCACGUCUUUGGUGGCCGGGACGGCCGCUGCCUUGGUCCUGGCGUGGACAAGAGCUUUGGUGGUUGGAUGAGGUGAAGAGCAUCCAGGGAAAGCCUGUGGAGAGUGUGGCAGAUGUCUAUGAGGUGGUCCAAUCCGCUCCGGUGGGCGCUCAGCUCCAACUGCAGCUGAAGCGUUUCGGCUUCUUCGAUGUCAACGCCUCGGCCGUGGUGCGCUGCCGUCCACCCGAGCAGCACCAGCUGCUGCGACGCCUGCUGCGGGCCACGUGGAGGGCGUUGAGCACUGCGCAGGUGGCCUUGGCCAUCCACGAGUUCACGCGGAACGUGCGGAAGGAUCUGACAAAGGUGCGCUCUGCCGUGGAGGAGAUGGAGAAGUGCGGGUUCUUCAAUGUGAGUCAUAAGGAUGACAACAUGAAGCAAUUGAGCUUGGCUACUGCUCGCUUCCUGGUCAAGGGCGAUGCCUUCAAGAAUCUUUGCCUCCCUCCUCGUUCUCACGCCCAAUGUGUGGUUCCCACGAAUGCGAAGAAGAAGACAUGGAAGAGAGUGCCCCUCUUCGAUCUCUGCCGGUUGAACUGCAACGCGCAGAUCAUCGAUGCACCCACCUUCUGCUGUAUGCAUGUGGCCCAGACCAAGACCUGCCAGCUGAUUUCGGGUGGCAAUGCUACCACGACCAGUCGGCUCAUGGGGAGUGUGGCCACGAUCUGUAAGCCGAUGCCUGUCCUCCAAUUGCUGCGGGCCUUGAAGCUUUUAUGGGCCUUGGCACUCUCCGUCCUGCGGGACUAGGCAACAGACUAUGACAGACUUCCUGGAGAGGGAAACCCAGGGUACUCCCCCC